GGAGUGACCUUGACAAAGCUCAAAAAGCUGAGUAAUUUUGGAAAACUGGUAACGUUCGACUGGUCUUAGGCUUCACUGAGGUGCAGUAAAAUUAAGUGGACGGCACAUAUUUCAGAUAGUGAGAUAUUAGUGUUAAUUGGGAUGUUGAUCUGCAAAGUUUUGUUCACGUGGCUAGCAUGCGUGUCAAACAUGUUCAGUUACAGACUGUUUUAGCCUAGUAUUCUGUUUAUUAUUGUAGUUUAGAAAUAACCUUAGAGCGAUAGGAUACAGAGAAAUGACAGACUGCUGCCUGCUUCAUUUCCAUGGAUUCGUCCUCGAGCUUGAUGGUCUUUGGGUAAUAGUUCAGCACCUAUCUAUCGGUCUUCCAACGUACUGACCGAGCGCCUUCAGCUAGAUGAGUCCACUAAAACAUAUGGUAAGCACCCAAUGUCGAAAACUUAGAGCUAUUUAUUUUGGGGAUUUAUUUACCGCUACAGUACAAACGGUUUAGGCUGAUGAAUAUUUCGACAACGGUCAGUGGUAUUUCAGUGACUCUACUUCACUCUGUUUGAUUCUAUGGAGAGUAAUAAACAUAUUCAAGAUUGUAUUCAUGAGUAACAGUGAAAUUUUCCGUUUUUUGCACAGACUGGCUUCAUUCUCGAAAAAUUCUAGAUAGCAGCUUCCAAACCCUUCAAAUAUCACAAUGCUCAUAGAUGGAAAACCUCGGUGGAACUGGCCGUGAUUUGUUCUCAUGGAGUUUAAAAAAGCCAAAGUUGUCGUAGGAGGCGAUUCCGGUGUUGGCAAAACAGCUUUGGUACACUUGAUAUGCAAUGGACAAACUCUUCUUCAUCCUUCGUAUACAAUUGGUUGUAGUGUGGAUAUAAAAAUUCAUGUAUACAAUAGUGAUCCUGAAAAAGAACAUCCAUAUUUCAUUGAAUUAUGGGACAUUGGCGGAUCAAACAGUCAUGAGAAUACUCGUUCGAUCUUCUAUCAAAAUUUACACGGACUAAUAUUAGUCUACGAUUGUACAAAUAAGAAAUCACAAUUGAAUUUAAGAAAAUGGUUAUCUGAUGUAUUGGGGAAACCAGUUUUAAAGAGACCGGAGAUAGAUAUUGGAGGAGUAACAGCGGCUGCAGAUGGUAUCACUGCUCCUAUUACUACUACUAGUAGUUAUUGUGGCGGUGUAAGUAGUGAAAAAUAUGGUAAUCUAAAAGCAAAUAUAACAAGUCAAAUGACCACUCUUCUGCCUAUCUUAAAUACAGAAACUUUGGUCAGUCGGUCUUUCACAUCGUCAUCGGAAUCACAAACAAGUAACAAUAAUCAGCAUAAUAUAAGCUAUAUAACUAACACGGUCUAUCCACCUAUUCUUGUUAUUGGUACAAAAUUCGAUUUACUCAGUUCACAUAGUCGACGGUCUGUGAAUAAAUUCACAUCACGUUUUAAUCUAUCUACGUCACCAUAUAUCCAAAAUGAAUUACCAUCAGCUGGUAAUUAUCAUCCAUGUGUUCCAAUGACGCCCAGAUCAUGUAUAUCGUCUGUGCAGUUUUUUGGAAAUACUACACCAUCAACAACAACGUCAUUAUCGUCAUCGUCAACAUCAUGGAACUUAACAUAUCGUAAUAAUUAUGCAAAUGGCAGUGUUGGUGAUGAUCGCGAACCAACAAGUUCAAUGCCACAAUCGUUGUCAUCAUCAACGCAACAAAGUGUAUAUAUUGAUUUAAGUGAUAGUCAAAAACUUUCAUCGUCAUUGUUGACUUCACCAACAAAAGACAAAACAUGGAAUUUCGCCACAGAACAUGGAUUUUCAGAAAUUCUACUAAAUUGUAAUUCAGUCACUAGUAUAAGUCCCGGAAGUCCACAAGAUCUUCUAUUAAAUCGAUUUUUUGAUGAAGUAAUCAAUUACAAAGUGUUUUCCAUGUCAAUGAAUUGUAAUUUAUCACCUGAUCUAUCCCGAGUUAAACGACGUCCAGUGGAUUCACGCAACAAUAUGUAUAAAUACAAUUGAAUUGUGUAUAUUUAUGCAUAUAAACUCCGUAUAUUGAUAAUAUUUUUUCACAGGAAACUUCCUUCUAAUCUGCUUAUUUCAUCAAGCAGUUAUUGGUUGUUAAAAUGAUCUAUGAUAUUUUAUAUACAAAAUCAUAAUCAUUCACUAACAUUCCUUUUCUGUUUGUUCGGUAAUUAUUAUUUUUUCUAUUGCUCAUUUUAAUUGUCUAUUUAGCCAUCCAUUGAUGUUUUCAAUUAUGGGAUCUUUUGUUCUAGUUAGUUUUGUUUUGAAUUUGUAAAGGAUUUAUUUUUCCUCUUUUUUUUUUACAUACAUACUACUAAUACUACUGUUCAGACAUUGAAAACAAAGAUAAUAACAACUAAGGUUAUUUUUAUUGCGAAUAAUUUAUUUUUCUUGUCAAAAGUUUUACACAUUUGUACUUGCAUUAACUCAAAUUUUGUUUCCAUAGGACAUAUUGGCAACAAAAAAUAAACGAACACAUGCACAUGAGAAUUUUUAAAGAUAUUUUUUGAUUUCAUUUUGAUUAAUGUUGUUCUGUGUCUUCGAAUCUAACUUGUUAGCAUAGUGCGCGCUGUAUCUAAUUCCUUUAAUCAGUGUGACCACAGUACCCGACCAUUGUUGCUACCUUGACGUGGUGGUCGGGCUUGCCUAUCGUGAUGAAGCAACCGAGCUAUACUGGCCGGAACAACCGUUCCUCAAGGUCCUACCAUGUCAGACAGGUCGGUUGAAGAGCGGUAAGACUAAAAGCACCAUACCUAAGGUCUUA